AAUUCACCACAUGGUUUAAAAUAUUACUUUCGCAAAACAGAACGUAUAUCUUAGUGCAGCAUCACCACUUUUUCGCUCAAUUGUUUUUCAAUUUUUUUCGAUUUUAUUCAUUUUGUUCAGUUUUCUCAGUUGAAAAAACACACCUAAGCACAAUGUUGGACCCAAAUGAAGAUACCGAAUGGAAUGAUAUUUUGCGUUCAAAGGGUAUUUUGCCGCAAAAAGAAGAGCCUCAAAUAACCGAAGAAUCAUUGGUGAAUAUGGUAGAGAAAGCCAUUGAGAAAAAAUUGAACAAUGAAAAGCAAAUGGAUGACAUGAACAUGGAUGAGCUCGAUGAAUUGGAGGACUCUGAAGAUGAGGCAAUCUUAUUGGAAUACCGCAACAAGCGAAUUGCCGAAUUGAAAGCGUUAGCCGAAAAGAGUAAAUUUGGUACUGUUCGCGAGAUCUCCGGUCAAGAUUAUGUGGAAGAAGUGAAUAAAGCGGGUGAAGGAAUUUAUGUUGUGCUGCACUUGUACGAACGUGGUAUUCCAUUGUGUGCGCUAAUCAACCAGUUCAUCACUGAGUUGGCCGUUCGCUAUCCCGAAGUCAAGUUCAUCAAGUCAAUCGCCACAACAUGCAUACCAAAUUUCCCGGAGAAGAAUUUGCCCAGUAUUUUCAUUUACUACGAAGGUCAAAUCGUCAAACAAAUCAUUGGGCCGGUUGAUCUCCGUGGCGAAAAAUUGACAGCCGAUGAAUUCGAAUACAUGCUCGGUGAAUACGGUGCAAUCAAAACAGAUAUCAAAGAAGAUCCUCGUCAAGCAGUCAAAGACAAAUUGUUUGAAGAUUUAGCUAGUACCAACGAUUGGUAAACACUGUCGCCACCUCAUCUUGAUUCACUCUGCAUACUUAAAUUACAUUUUUUUUCUACUUUGUAAUCGAUCAAAAAAUAACAAUUGUGUAAUUGUCUUUAUUUAUUUCUUCAUUUCACAUAAUAAAGCGAGUUUUAUGAGCAUUUUUAUUGCUAAUGCAA